AUGAAUUUUACUAAUGGUAUUAAUAAUAUCAAUGACGAUGAAUUGUUUCUGGUUUCAUUAAAUCGGCGAAUACCAUUACAACAUUUGAAUUUGAUGUUUCUUCUUGAUUCUAAGUUGGACGAACUUAUCUCGUUGAAAUAUGAUGAUAUAUCGAACAUGGUUCAAUUGACGUAUGGUGUAAAAUAUGAUGGCUCAAUGGUAGAAUCUAUUUUAAAUUUAUUGAAAUCCGAUAACAUCUCGUCACAACUAUUUUCAUCACACAAUGUCGAUAAAAUAAUCAGUAACUAUUCUAGAGAUCAUCAUUUUCUUACAAAGGCAUCAUUACAUACUAUAAAACCAUUUACACCAUCGUGUUUACAUUGUCAUCUCCCAUUGAAAUUACAAUUCAAAGAGAAAAUUAACGUUUUUCUCAUGGACCAUGUGGAUGAUGGUGUUAUUUUUGCUGCUCGUUGUUGUCAUAUAGAAUAUCAUACGAAUAGUUACAUCAAAAAUUCAAAGCGUUACGUUCUUCGUCAAUCUUUGUACAACCAAAAAUAUAUUCAUUUUGGUGGUAAAUGCGUUCUUCAUAUUGAUGUUCUAUUACGAUAUGCGUCAGACUUGAUCAAUAUGUACGCCGGCUUCGAAAACUUUUGUGGUGCUUACAACGAUACAAUAACGUCAGUGGCAAUGCAACAUAAUCGGAAUAAUGCUUUAGAAAUAGAAGAUAUACCAUUGCUGGAACGCCGACUAUUUGAGAAUAUCUGGUUAAUUUACUCAACACCAUUAUUGAAGUUCUUUUUGUCAACAGAUACAGAAAUUGAAAUUCCAUAUCAUAUUAGCAAUCGUGAAGAACGAAACCAUUUUUUUGCUUCUCAUUUACCUCAAUUAGAACGUGAUUUUGUUUUGUAUUGGUCAAAUCAUAUGGUGAAAUUUAGUUGUGGUAGUCAAUGUUGUAAAGCCAUUGUUAUUGAUGGAUUCCAAAAGCCUGAUCGUUAUAUUUGCAACUUUAUGCAAGAGUUGAUUCAUUCGGAAGAAUUGGGUGAUAUUGAAUGGGGUUGUGGAUUUCGUCCAGAAAUGGUCCCAGAUAAACNAUGCAUCCAUAUGAUUAACACAAGUUCAUUAGGUAAAUCGGUAAAACGAGUAGGUGUCAUCCGUGUUCUAUGUUGUAUAUUAAAUGAACAAGGUCAGUCAAUUGUGGCGAGCGUUCUUCUUCGUUUAUCAAUGGUCGAGCAGAUGCGCUUUAUAUCAAUACUGAUUUGA